AUGCCGCCUCAUAGUGACUAUUUGGAUAUUGCGAUAAAACGCGCAGCAGAAAAGAAAACUCAUGUUAGCUUCCCGCAACUUGUCUACCCAUCGCUUAGAGAUGACGGACUUAGAGAUCCGGUGCAAUGGUUAACGGGAAAAGCUAUGGACGAUGGAGCCGAAGGUUUAUGGCGUGUGCACGAUGGACUGUACGACUUAAAAAGUUUUCUUGAUAAACAUCCAGGUGGCGCAGAAUGGAUAGAGCUCACAAAGGGAACUGAUAUAACUGAAGCUUUCGAGUGUCACCAUCUCAAUCCUGCAGUUAUCAAAAUGUUAGAAAAGUACUAUGUUAGAAAGGCUCAAACUCCCAGGAAUUCUCCUUUCACCUUUAAAGACGGUGGGUUCUAUCGUACAUUAAAACGCGCAGUUUGGGAAGAACUACAAAAGUUGCCAAAGCAUGUCAAUGAAAGGGCAGAUAGAAUUAUUGAUGGAUUAUUCAUUUGUUUUAUGGCAACAAGCGCUUUAUCAUGCAUUUCUAAGGAUUAUUGGGUUGUAAUGGCAUCAUAUUUAGUUGCAUCUCUGAGCCUUGCUUGGACAACCGUUGCGGCACAUAAUUAUAUACACAGGAAAACUAACUGGAGGAUGUAUCUGUUCAAUUUGAGCAUGUGGUCUUACAGAGAUUUCAGAGUAUCUCAUGCACUUUCCCACCACCUGUACCCUAACACACUUAUGGAUUUGGAAAUAAGUGGAUUUGAGCCAUUUGUUUUUUGGUUACCGCUAAAAAAUCAAUUUUACGGAAAAUUUGCUAUAUUUAUUGAGCUAGCCACGUUUGGUUUCAUUUUCCCAAUAAAUUUCUUUAAAAGGUUAAUCUUGAACUUUCUGCGAAAAGAUUUCUUUCUUACUCAUUACCGAUGGCAUGAUAUUCUUGGUUGUCUCGUACCAGUGUGGAUGUGGGUCGUCAGUGGCAGUAGCUUUUAUGACGCGUUUGUAAUGUGGUUGUGGAUUCUUUGCACUGGCAGUUUCAUUUUCUUUAACAUUGGGUCAAAUGCAGCUCAUCACCACCCCAUAUUAUUCAGAGAUGGUGAUGAAUUAGAUGAAGAAACGCGCGACUGGGGCUUACAUGAAGUAGAAGCUGUAAUGGAUCGCAGAGAUAUUAACAAUAGCUUUUUCAAAGUUAUGACUUUCUUCGGACAUCACACAUUACAUCACCUGUUCCCCACUCUAGAUCAUGCUGUAUUGGAAUACAUGUACCCAACAUUUAUUGAACACUGUGAAAAAUAUAAAGCUAAAUUCCGUGUAACAACACAGUUUGAUAUGGUUGUGCAACAAAUUAAACUAACAACUACAAAAGCUCCGAAAAUUCUUGAAAAAAAUUAA